AUGCGGAUCCUUGUGUUGCUUGUGUGGGUGAAAGCCGCGUGCGUCCUGCUGGUAUCCUCGCUCUCCGGCACUGGGGCAGUGAACAAUAGCGGCCGAUGGUGGGGGAUCGUGAACGUAGCGUCCUCUGCCAACCUCCUCACCAACUCAAAGAGCGUGCAGUUGGUUCUGGAUCCGAGCCUGGCGUUACUGAGCCGCCGCCAGCGGCGCCUGAUCCGCCAGAACCCCGGAAUUUUGCACGCUAUCGCCGCCGGUUUGCACGCUGCCAUCAAGGAGUGCAAGUGGCAGUUCCGCAACCGGCGGUGGAACUGUCCGACCACUCACAGUCCGGCAGUCUUCGGCAAAAUCGUCAACCGCGGUUGCAGAGAAACCGCGUUUGUGUUCUCCAUCACGAGCGCGGGCGUGACCCACGCUGUGGCACGGUCCUGCUCUGAGGGGGCCAUCGAGUCCUGCACCUGUGACUACCGGCGCCGAGGGCCUGGGGGGCCCGACUGGCACUGGGGCGGCUGCAGCGACAACGUGGACUUCGGCAGGGUGUUCGGCCGGGAGUUUGUGGACUCCAGCGAGAGGGGACGAGACCUCCGCUACCUCACCAACCUGCACAACAACGAGGCGGGGAGAAUGACGGUGUCAUCUGAAAUGCGUCAGGAGUGUAAGUGCCAUGGCAUGUCGGGCUCCUGCACGGUGCGCACCUGCUGGAUGCGGCUGCCCAGCUUCCGGGCGGUGGGGGACGUCCUGAAGGACCGCUUCGACGGCGCCUCCAGGGUGGUGUACGCCAACAAGGGCAGCAACCGGGCCUCGCACCGGGCCGACCCGCGCCACCUGGAGCCCGAGAACCCGGCCCACAAGCCCCCCUCGGCCCGGGACCUGGUGUAUUUCGAGAAGUCCCCAAACUUCUGCUCCUACAACGGCAAGACGGGCACGCAGGGCACUUCCGGGCGGAGCUGCAACAGCUCGUCGCCGGGGCUGGACGGGUGUGAGCUGCUGUGCUGCGGCCGCGGCUAUCGCACCCGGACCGAGAGGGUGACGGAGAGGUGCCACUGCACCUUCCACUGGUGCUGCCAUGUCAGCUGCCUCAACUGCACCAGCACCCAAAUACUGCACCAGUGCCACUGA